AUCCUCAGACACAGGACAGGUGAAGCCAACCACAUCCUUUGGAGAUAAUACUCACCCCACUGACGGGACUCUCGUUCUUCAUCACCCGACUGACUUGAGGUGGACAAAGGCUGGACUUGAUUCAACUCUCAACUCCAAAUUUUUUUUUCAGAUAAUAAGUGGAGUUUAAAAACUCACAAGAAACUAACCUCAAGCGUCGUCACUGUCGGAGUCAGGUGAAGCAUCAGUGUCAAGAUGUGUUCGGGAAGCUUUGCCAAAUGUCUGGGUGUCAGUCUGAUACCGCUGGCGAUAGUUUGCGUGCUCUGCAACAUUUUGCUCUUCUUCCCCGGUGGAACAACUGUGGAAAAAGAACAGAUCACAGAGCAGGUCUGGUACUUUGGAGGCAUUCUGGGAUCAGGAGUGCUGAUGAUUUUCCCGGCUCUGGUCUUCCUGGGUCUGAAGAACAAUGACUGCUGCGGUUGCUGUGGCAACGAAAGCUGUGGGAAGAGAUUUGCGAUGCUGAGUUCUAUACUGUUUGCGGCUGUAGGCGUCGUAGGGGCCGGUUACUCGGUUAUCGUUUCUGCUGUGGCCAUCAACGGAGGACCUCAGUGUGGGAUUAAGAACGGCACAGUGAUCUCCUGGACAUAUCCCUUCGAAAAUGGAAACUACCUGACCAACAGUUCUAUGUGGCCUGUGUGCAUUGAGCCGUCUGGCGUCGUGAGCUGGCAUCUGUCUCUGUUCUCCGUGCUGCUGGUCAUGGGUUUAAUCCAGAUAGCGCUGUGCGCUGUGCAGGUGAUAAACGGCCUGCUGGGAUGUCUGUGUGGCGACUGCUGCGGCUGCUGCGGAGGGAGCGAUGGAUCCGUCUGAAAACGUCCUGUGGAUGAAGGCAGCUUCUGUCCCGUAUUUAUUCUUUUUAAAGGGUGAAUUUCUUGCUACAAAGAACAUGCUAUCGCAAAGUUGCUUUUUUUUUCUUUCUUUCUUUUUUUUUUUUUUAAUUAUUAUUAGAGCUCAUUGAAUACGGUGUGUGCUUAUUUAAAAAACACUGAAUAUGACAGAGCUCUUUCUGGUUUCUUAUUUACUCUCUUUAUGACUCCAUCUUCUUCUUAAACCUGUCUACAUUUACAAUUCAUAUCUACUAUAACCUCCAACAACUUUCCAACAUUCAUGAUUUUUUUAUGAUAUAUUUUUCAAGUGUGCAGUAGAUUAGUAAAUAAAGAUCAUAUUUUUUGAUAGAUGUUUAAACAGCAAAUGAGACAAGAUAAGGCUAUUGAUUUGAAUAUAUUUUUUUUUCUUGUGUAGCUCAAGCGACUGUUUUUUCUAAAAAAAAAGAAAAGAAAAAAGUUCUCUUUUCUGUUGCAUGACUGCUCCCUACUGGGGUAUAUAAGUAUGAGCCUGAUGGAAAAAAGACCUACCUGUAGCUGUAGCCAUACCUAUAAAUAAAAUCUCCAAUUGUA